AAACAACUCUUAUGUAGUUGGCAGCUCUUGUGUAACUGGCUGAUAGAAGACUGCUGUUGACACAGCAGACUAGAGACGUAGAGUAGACUUAGAUUGCAUCUUAUUAUUUUAUUUUUUCAAAUAAAAAAUGUCUCUCUCGUUAAUUAGAGUUUUUCGGUCGGUAUCAAAUUUGAACUCCUUGAAAGUUCUUGGCGCUUCUAAUUUUUCUCAACGCUAUAAGACAAACACAUCUGGACCUCCUCCUAAAACUGGAAUCAUGAUGAUGAACUUAGGGGGUCCUGAAAAUCAAGAAGAAGUUCAUGACUUCUUGCUGAGACUCUUCUCAGAUAAAGAUCUCAUUCCAUUGCCAGCUCAGGGGAAGUUAGCACCACUAAUAGCAAAACGAAGGACUCCAAAAAUCCAAGCUCAGUAUGCAAAGAUUGGUGGUGGUUCUCCCAUAAAACGAUGGACUGAACUACAAGGCCAGGGUAUGGUUGAAAUUUUGGACAAAAUUAGCCCAUCGUCUGCACCACAUAAAUUUUACAUUGGUUUCCGCUAUACUCACCCUUUAACAGAAGAUACAAUUGCACAAAUGGCUGAAGAUGGAAUUCAGCAUGCCAUAGCAUUUACACAAUACCCACAAUACAGUUGUUCAACAACAGGUAGCAGUCUUAAUUCCAUUUUUAGGUACUACAACAAGAAAGGCAAUCCAGGAAAUAUGGUCUGGAGUGUUAUUGAUCGAUGGCCUAUACAUUCUGGAUUGGUUCAAGCAUUUGUAGACAAUAUUAAAGCAGAAAUCAAACGUUUCCCAGCAGAAGAUCAAGAUGACAUUGUCAUCCUUUUUUCUGCCCAUUCUCUUCCAAUGAAAGUAGUAAACAGAGGGGAUCCUUAUCCUGCAGAAGUUGCUGCCACAGUACACAAAGUAAUGGAAGGUCUUGGCCACAGCCAUGCUUAUCGUCUUGUUUGGCAGUCCAAAGUAGGCCCCCUGCCCUGGUUAAGCCCACAAACAGAUGAAGCUAUAAAAGGAUUGGUAGAAAGAGGAAGAAAAAAUAUUCUUCUUGUACCCAUUGCAUUCACUUCUGACCACAUUGAAACAUUGUUUGAGCUAGAUCAUGAAUAUGCCCAAGUGCUGGCUUCACAAGUGGGAGUAAAAAAUAUUCGAAGAGCAUCCAGUCUAAAUGACAACAAAAUUUUUAUCCAGGCAUUAGCUGAUAUUGUUAAGCAGCAUAUUGAUACAGGUGUGGCCUGUUCACCUCAGCUGGCAUUGCGUUGUCCAUCUUGUGUGAAUCUAACCUGUGGCCCUGCCAAAGAGUUCUUUCAAAACCAGCAAGAUGCCUUGGAUGAGCUAUUGAAGAAGGGUACAAAGCAAGCUGCUGCAGCUAAAGCCUAGAAUUGGUUAUUAUUGUUUAAUAAAUAAAUAUAUUGCAUGUUAGUGAUUUGCCUUUGUUUCCUUUGAUACUGUAUACUGGUAUUCAUAAUUACAAUAUUGUUUUUGUAUUGUUGAAUUAAAGAACAAAAAAUGUUUUUUUAUGCUAUGCAUCUGUUAUUGCUGUUGAAGUAUAAACAUCAAAAGCUAUAUUUGUUUAUAUGUUUUUAUAGUCUUGUGAUAGAAGGUUUUUAACUUUUUUUUUAGAUAUUUGUUGCCAACUUAUUACAUCAUAUUUAAAGUAUAUUAUUUCAAUUCAUUAAAUUAUUUUUUUUAAAAAGAUUAAUAAAUAAUUGUAUUUAUUGUAUUUCUAAAGAUCUGCAUGCACCUAAACUUGAAUUAUUUUUUUUAUCAUGACAAUGUUCAAUACUCAGAGUCUUUGUCUAAUGGCAUCUAGAUCUAUCUCCAGGUAUUUGUACUUAGUACAGGUACUUGAUUGUUAUUAAAUUAUGUAUGAGAUAUAUCUGAACCAUAUUUCUUUCCACUGUGCAUGAUAUGUGAAUGCUUAAUUGAUUGGACUGUGUUACAGUUUAAAAAAAAAAAAUAUUUUACUCAAAUUUUACUAUUGCAUUAAAUAAUAAAAAAAACAGAAGCUUUGUAAAUUAAAUAAAAUAAAGUUUUCUGUGUGUUUGUCUUAAUCUAUUUUUGUCACUCAAAAAAUUAAAAUAAGCCUACAAUGUUUUUAAUGAAUUCAUUGUAAAUUGUGUCUAUUUCUUAUUGCUAAUUAGAAGUAGCUUACACUCAGUUGCUAAAAACUAGCCAUGUUUUCAUUGGCAUUGAUUGCUAGUAGAUAUCAAUAAAUUCAAUAAAAAAUUA